UGAUGUUGAGUUGCCUACUUGCCUCCUACCAAUCAUCAGGUAAAAAGAUUGUGCUACAAUUAAUAUGCCAUUUGGUUGAUGAUGCAAAUGGAUGAGCCAGGUUCUCUUUGCAUGAGUACGUGCAAAGAGUACAUCGGUGUACAUGUAUUUAUAGUAGACAUUUGUAGCGUGAUUGAUAAAAAAAAAGCCCAAACCUUCAAGUUCACCUUUGCUUAAUUGCACCAGCUUAGCCGUCAUGGUGAAGCCUGCAGCCGUCCUCCUGCUCCUCUACCUUCCCCUUCUCGCCACCCCGACGAGGAUCGGCCUCAGCCGCAACCCCUUCGUCCCUCCUCCCAACUCUGUACCUACCAUAGACAGGACGGAGAUGGACGUGAGCACGUCGCCGUACCGCGACUUGAUCAAGAAAUGGCGAGACCUCGUGCUCCUCAACACUCGCCCGGAGGUCAUGGUGCCGGAAGACCAUCCGGUGCUGGCUCCCCAGUACGACGACACCGUCCCGCCGGAACGGUUGCUGUUGCCGAAGCUGGUGGCCAACGGGGACAAGACGGCCACGCUCGCCCUCCGCGACUCCAACAUCUACUUCAUAGGUUUCGCCAACAAAGCAGGGCAAUGGUUCUCUUUCAAGGACAGGAACGACCUGCCGCCUUCCUUUCGGGCCAGGCCUCUCAGCUUUGGAGUGGACUACGCAUCGAUCGCCGGCUUCCGGAAAAACCUUCCAAACUACCCUCUCGGUAGGCGUCAAACGGAGUGGGCGGUAAAAGUUCUUUCAGAAUACGAUCCAAAUCGCACUGAUGAAGCAACCAUAAAACGUGCGGUAGUGAUCAUCCUUCUUACCUUCUGCGAAGCUCUCAGGUUCUUUCCUAUAAGAAAUGCGGUUGAAAUAGGUUGGGACUCCGUUGCCUACAUUACCUCAACCGAUGCGGAUCGUCUCGUAUGUUGGGGACAAAUCUCAUAUAUGCUUGAAUAUAGUUUUAUGUCCGGUCAUUCAUGGGACUCGGAGGAACAACGUACUCGCCUCAAGAAUCUAGCACGAGAUUGUAAAAUCUUUAACGAACCUCAGGCACUUGAAACCGUUGAUGUGUUAGAGUACGGAGCUAUCUUAGGUGCUAAAAGUACAAAUUGGUUGUAUUAAUGCAAGGUGUAAGCGCCCUCCUAGCUAAUAUAGGCGCACUUCCACAA